AUGAAACCCUGUAAAAAAAAUCUCGAAAAUAAAGAAUCAAGAAAUAUCAUGCUCCAAAUUAUAAAUAGGAUUCCUUGCCGAUUACCUCGCUGCAUUUAUAACUCAUCAUAUAAAAAUAUUCAAUCAAUUCACGUGUUAUCAAACAUCUUCAACAAUAAAGUCACAAAUAAUCAGAAAUCACAGAAUAUCCAAGAAUCUGUCUUGAAACUUAACAAAACUGAAAAUUGUCCUCCAAAACCUCCACCUAAAACUAACUAUACAAAAUGGAUGGUAGUGGGUGGUGCAUCUGCAUUUGCGGCAGGAUUACUGUUACAUUUGAUUACGAGAGAAACUCCUGAUCCUCCUGAAAUAAUAGACAAAACUAAGAUACCAUUGAGAAUUCCUCAAACAAGUGUAAACAUUCCGAAACAUGUUCCAUAUCUGCUGGUAGGAGGUGGAACUGCUAGCUUUGCUGCCUUUCGUGCCAUCAAGUCCAACGAACCAAAAGCUAAAGUAAUGGUUAUUUCUGACGAAACAGUCAUGCCUUACAUGCGUCCACCAUUAUCAAAAGAGAUUUGGUUUGAUGCCCAACUUGGUGUCGAGAAAGCAAGAUUUAAGCAAUGGAAUGGUGCUGAAAGAAGUGUUUACUAUGAACCCGAAGAGUUUUAUAUGUCAGCAGAGAAAUUGAAAGAUGCUAGCAAUGGUGGCGUUUCAGUCAUUCGCGGAUAUUCAGUAGUAAAAUUAGACAUUAAUGAACAAAAAGUUCUUCUAGAUGAAGGCACAGAAAUUACUUAUGACAAAUGUCUCAUAGCUACCGGAAGUACACCUAAAAGUAUCGAUAUCUUUGACAGUGCACCUUCAAAAAUUAAAGAGAAAAUUACAUCGUUUAAAAGUAUUAAAGAUUUCGAAAACGUUAAAGCAAAGGUUGAGAAAUCAAAGAAAAUUGCAAUUGUUGGCAAUGGAUUUCUUGGGAGUGAGUUAGCGUGCGCUUUAGCACAUUACGGAAAGGAACACAAUGGAUUGAAAGUGUAUCAAGUUUAUCGUGAAAGUGGUAACAUGGCGAAAGUUCUUCCGGAGUAUUUAAGUAAGUGGACGACAGAAAAAAUCAAAGAAAUUGGUGUUGAUGUUCAACCAAACAGUCAGAUCAGCAGUGUUGAAAUGUUUGAAGGAACUCAACUCAAAUUGAAGUUCACAAAUGGAAAUAGUAUAAUUGUAGACAACGUAAUUCAAGCUGUUGGUUCACUUCCAAACGUUAAACUUGCACAAAAUGCUGGCUUAGAAAUUGAUCAGAAAUUUGGAGGAUUUCUUGUAAAUGCAGAACUGGAAGCAAGAUCAAAUCUCUAUGCUGCUGGCGAUGUUGCUUGUUUCUACGAUCCUAGAUUAGGUCGAAGACGUGUCGAACAUCAUGAUCAUGCUGUUGUUAGCGGUCGUUUAGCUGGUGAAAAUAUGGUUGGAUUAAAGAAACCGUACAAACAUCAAUCAAUGUUUUGGUCGGAUCUUGGUUCUGCUGUUGGAUACGAAGCCAUAGGAUUAGUUGAUUCCACAUUACCAACAGUGGCUGUGUUUACUAAGAUUGAUUCAAAAGAUGACAAAACUUUACAUUAUGAGGAAAAAGAUUCAAAGACAGAAGAAGUUAAAGUAGAACAGCAGAAGAAAGAAACUUCACCAGUACAGAAAAUAUCAUUUAAAGAUUGUCCACCUGCAUCAGUUAAUGACAAUUCAGAAGACUUUGGGAAAGGCGUAGUUUUUUACAUGCAAGGCGAGAAAAUUGUCGGCAUUCUUUUGUGGAAUGUUUUCAAUCGCAUUUCAAUAGCAAGAAAAAUUCUAAUGUCAGACGAAACUUUUAAAGAUUUAAAUGAAGUAGCGAAGCUUUUUGAUAUUUAUGAUCAACACAAACAAGAUGAAGACUAGAAAACUUGUUAUCAAUAAUUCAAUGCGUGAGUUAAUUUUUUUUUAUAUUCGAAAAAAUGCGGUUGAUGAGUGAAACAACGUUAUCAACGUUAUAAAGAAAACGAAAACAAAAUCAUGAGAGAGAAACCAAACUUGAAUUCUAAUGAUAUUUGUUAACAUCAAGCAUAUAAAAUCUUUAUUUGUAAAAUUAAAUGAUAAUGAUAUUUGAUAAAAAUUAAUUAAAUGAAUACUUAGGUGAUGAAUAUUGUUUUGAUGGCUACGAUUCGUCAACCUCCUCGCUUAUCGAUUCUGUUCGUAUCGCACAGCGUUUGAUUUCCUUCUUCAAAGGUCUUUUCUUCUGUUCUUUGGCCUUCUCUUUACAAAACUCACAGUUUCGAUGAGAUGUUGAUUUACUUUCUUUCUUCUGACUAGGCUGGUACCGUGGCUUCACUUGAGCCUUCUUUUUCUCUUCCUCCAUUGGAAACUGUUCGUAAUCACGAGCUGGUGUUCUGUAGCUGAUGGAAUCUCCAAAACAGUAGAUAACAUCCAUACUUAUGUUCUUUGUUCGAUAUUAGAAUUUGAUUUCAGUAAAUACUCAAAAGAAAAUGUGUGAGAGCGAAUUAUUUCUUUUUAUAAGACCACUUGGUGUGUUCACUUGUUGGCGUUUCAACUUGAAAUAAUUUCUCGCUUGUGC